GUACUCAAAGCAAGCACAGCCACCUGUGGCGGCACGUUAUAUCAAUGCAUUACAAUAGCUGACUUCGUGGACUAUUAAUAGCGUGGAAGCUGCCCACGCUGCCUACUCGGAUGAUAAUUAUGCCAUGCAUGAGAGCAUGCUGGGCACCACGAGAUGAUCUUGUAUCGAAACGGCACGUUGUCACGGUGAUGAACAAGUCGAACAGGAGCGCCACGGUCUGUCGAAAGAGUUCGGCUCGACACCCAGACAAACCUUCACAUUCUUUUCGAUGAAACGGCAACUUCAGACGAAGAUCGACAAUCGACAUUUUUCAAGUCAAUUCAACACCGAUACAAGAUGAAGAAGACGAAGCCUCAGAAUCGAAUUCACCUGACGGUUGCUCAGAGUGUGUCUCUUGCUGCCGCGGCAGCAUCGUUGGCCGCCGUUUCCACCACCCUUAUCGCCAGCCAUUGGUUUCAUUUCCAAACGAUCCAAGGCGAGAAUUACGGCACCAUUGUCUCACGCACCGUCAUUGCUUCCAAGCGAAAUCCUCGCGAAUGGAAUGCUUGGCGCAACGCCGACAAUAUGCUGGCAUCCAGUGCCAUCCUGAACGAUAGGGAACGCCACCAGCUGCCCUUGAUCCCUCGAAAGAAGCAAGAUUUGAAACCAACAGGCGACAGACUAGUUUCCGAACCAAUGGACGAUGAUGGUACUACCAGCGCGCCUUCAAUUGCUUGGUUGAUGUCUUUUCCCAACAGUGGUACAUCUUUCACUCUCCAUCUAACCCGCGAAGCCUCCAACUGUACCACCGCCACCAACUAUGCUCUGGAAGGUGAGGUCAAGGACCAACCUGGCGUCCAGGCCAUUCCUACACCUGACGGGAGCCACGGCCCAUGGCUGGAGAUCAUCCCCAAUCGCCCCUCAAGGAUUCCUCGUUUCAUACUGACCAAGACACACUGUGGUGGGUUUUGCUCCUACUGUCCGCCUUUCAAGUACGUGGAAACUCCACGGUCCUUCCAAAUGUCUUGCCAAACUGGCACGAAAGCUUACCCGAGCAAAGAAGGCGAGUUGAAGAAAAAGGUCGUCACAUACGACUCCCAUUUGGUCAAGAAAGCAAUUCAUGUUUUCCGUCAUCCCCUCGACAACGUUGUGGCGCGAUUCCAUCUCGAUCACCGACGCCAACUUCGAGGUGGGAACAGCAAAAAGAGUCUUUCAUGGCCAACGACGUUUCCCCGCAACAGCACUGGCUUUCAGCGGUGGUGCCACUUUAUGGACUCGACUUCUGAUUUGCUGGAUCUGCACUGGGUGGACCAACGAAUGCGGGAUGCUUUGGAUGGAGUUCCCUGCAAGGCUGAGUUCUUUCGCUACGUUCAGUGGCACAACAUGGCUUUUGUGGCGUUGGACGAGAUGGGGAUCCCGUCAAUGAACUUGCACUACGAGGAUUAUCAGUAUCAAUUUGAUGAAACCCGAGAACGGAUCAUCGAUUUCUUGGAACUCCCUCGGAGCAGUGGCAGUGUGGAGUUUGUUCCUGGCAAGGAGUAUCGAGACUAUUACAACUUGACACAAACGAAGGCAAUCCAAGGCUUUAUCAAAGAGUUUUCAAGUCGGGCGACCUGGACAGAACUAGAACGGUACACCAAAAGCAUGGUCUGGUAGAUGAUAACGUAUACAUAAGUAGAGCAAGUUAGUUUUGCUGAUGUCGUCCCCCUGAGUUUGGCCCACCCCCAUACACCUAGCCAUUCCAAAAUGCCA